ACACCUCUGUUGCUGUCUCUGAAUGCAGGAACCAUGGUCAGUAAGGAAUCCGGCAAAUGCCAACUCACAACGCCCGAGAGCGAAGUGGAGCCGGCUGCCUGCCUGGCCCUGGAGAUGAAAUACGCCCUGGAUCCCAACCGGCAGAUUAAAAAACGGAACAAAGCCCUGCAGGUGCGCUUUAAGGAUAUCUGCGAGGCCCAGAGUGAGCAGAGGGACACGCAGCUCUCCUCCUCCGGACAGCCAGGAGAGAAGAGGGAGGCCAAGCCCGUGUCCUGCAGAGCAGCUUAUCGCAAAUACAUGACAGUGCCCGCACGCCGCUCCAUCCCCAACGUCACCAAGAGCACAGGCGUGCAGACCUCGCCGGACCUGCGAAAGUGUUACCAGACAUUCCCUCUGGACCGCAAGAAAGGGAGCCUCAAAGGCCUCCCAGCUGCAGAUCCCUUCAAAAGCCAAAACAAUGGGUUUCUAGCAGACACCAAGGAGAAGAGUGAGGCGGGCCCCAUGGAAGAGUCCCGGCCAUGCAUGGCGGGGCGCGUUCACAAGACCACAGCCUUGGUUUUCCAUUCGCAUGAGCACGUGAAUGCUCUGGAUCAGCCUCCGGGGGUCAACUGCGCAGAGCCCUGCAGAGACCCCGGAGUGCUCAGCCAUCCAGAGGGUCCUCUGCAGAACUCCUCACGGCCUCCCCCCCAAGAGCCUGCUCACCAGCUGCAGGGGCGAGCAAAGCCUGAGGGGGGGACCCCAGACUCUGAGGAGCCCGCUCUGCCCGCCCAUGGGAGGGUGUUUAAAACGGAGGUCGCCACCGUGUACGCACCUGCCAUCAGUGCCAGGGCCCCUGAGCCUGGCUUGUCAAACUCUGCUGCCGCCAGCCAGUGGUCCCUCUGCCCUGCAGAUGAGGAGCAGAGGAGAGCCACACAUCUCAAUGGGCUGCAGGCGCCCCCGGGCUCUGCUCUGGCCUGCUCGCCCUCAGUGCAGUGCCUGUCCCCCGAAUGUAGUGAACAGCCCCUAGAGACCCAGCCCAGUCCCACAGCUGUGGCGGCGGGUGAAGAAUGCCAACAAAUCGUGCCUCACACGGAGGUGGUGGACCUCAAGGCACAGCUUCAGAUGAUGGAGAACUUGAUCAGCUCCAGCCAGGAGACCAUCAAAGUGCUCUUGGGGGUCAUUCAGGAGCUGGAGAAAGGAGAGGCCCAUCGGGAAGGGCUUUCAUAUCGGACGGGGCAAGACACAGCUAAUUGUGACACAUGCAGGAACAGUGCAUGUAUUAUCUAUAGUGUGGAGCUGGACUUUAAGCAGCAGGAAGACAAGCUGCAGCCCGUGCUGAGGAAACUGCACCCUAUCGAGGAAACUCAGGUCGCCCCUUCGCCUUACACUCAGGAGACGUACUCCGCAACGCCCAAGCAAAAAUCCAAAACUGAGUCUAAAAAGCAUGGAAGGUGGAAACUCUGGUUCCUUUAACACUGGUGGUAUGAAGUCUCGAGGCUGUCUUUAAAACCCACUGGAGUUAAAUCAGUCCUUUUCCAGAACGAUUAGGAUCGAGGGAACUGCGGUGCCAAUCCACGCACUCCCCGCUUCUCGCCCUGCGUACCAAAAAGGCCUUCGUCCCACCAGAUAAUUAACAGAGUAAGGUAAUCAAUGUCACACCUGGCUAGCUGUUCUUUGCAGUUCAUGGAUGUGGGAUGUAAAACCUGAAAUGAAACUUAUGUACUCAACGAUGAUAAGUAAAAAUUCUAACCCCCCAGAUCUGCAAGGAUUAGGUUACCAACCUGCACCAUGGCAGGCUGUCACUCUGCACAGCGAAAACUCAUAAUUAUUUUCCAGCCUUUACUUUAUUUUUAAAUAACGAGAAGAAAAAGCAAGCCUUAUGUUUGCAGAGGACUUCAUUUUUACGUUCCAUCUUGCAAAUAAGCAGGGGGCGAGUGCAAUUUUCAGCACAUCAAAUUCCGGAGAAAGCACAAUUUUUUCAAGUGGUCAGAGACCAUGAAUAAUCUCUAAAAUGUGACUCUAUGUAUAUUUGCCUUCAUGUGCUGUAGCGCUAAGCCAAGUGACCACAUCUCAGUGUCACACUGACACCUCAAAUUGAGCACCCUCUUCAUCUCUAGACCUACGACAUGUUUACUGCUCAUUUUCCAAAUGGCCAGCAGCCAGGAGUCCCCCAAAGUCAAGACAUGCCUUUAAUCAUUGCAAGUUGACAGGGUCAGAGCUAUUGGACACUCAGCUUUCUUAGAUCUCGUUUUUAAUCUUUUGGUACCCAAAGGCCAAAUGAUAAAUUCUGGCAAGAAUUUGAAAACACAUAUAGAGAUACACAAUGGAUAACACAGUCACCAAUAAAUCACAGGCUCUCUGCCAUGGCGGGAAGUGUUUUUGUGGAUCAAUCCUCAGAGACAUUGCUCACCCAUAGAGCAGCCAGACAUUUUAUAUAAUUCGUUAUGCUUUAUAACAACCAUGGAAGGUCUGACCAUCUCAAAGAGAAACAGCGUGUUCCGUUUAGCUGCUACCAAUGGAUAAACUUAAUAUCACCUACAUUUAACCUGUUAGUAAGUUGUACUAAACGACAUACUUAGGGGAAAGCUGUGAAUCAAAUGUUUUUAGGUAUUUUUUAAAUCCACAGUAACACUCAGAGUUCUCUCUUGAUUACACAUUGCAAUGUAAAUCUUAGUUCCUUUAUUUUUUCACUCAUUUCUUUGCACCUUUGCAAGUAUCUUUUUAUAGAAAAAAAAAUCCCCUAGUCUGUUAAUGACUUUGUCUAUCAAUUUUUUGCUUUUCACAAUAGGAAGUAGGGAUCUUACUUUGCCUUUUUUUGUACAACUUAAAUUUUGAAUAGUUUGUGAACAUACUGAAAAACCCAGUCUUCGAGUUUUUGUCCAGCAGUUUCAUAUCUAAUCACGUGCCAUCGUGCACACCUCAUUGAUCAGAUGCCAAACACAAAGUGGCUAGUGUUGGGAAAAGGAUCGCAGCCUGCUUGGUUCACACCAGAGCUACUUCUUGCCAUGCAUUUUCCUCCUCACUUAACAGCAAUUCUGUUUUAGUUUUAAGCGUCUGGUUCUAUAAGGACCUAGCUAUCAGCAAUCAGAUCUGGACUUGAAA